AUAUUCCGUGGUAUCCACGGUAUCGUUCCGUUCCAAAUAUCUGGCUUAAUAAGGGUUGAGUGGGCCUAGAUCAGCUGAUCACAUAGUGUUGAAUCACUUGUGCUGCUGACCGAGUACAGCCUUGGAGGAAGCUACAGCCGUUGUAACAAGCCUCGCUAUGCAAAUGUGCGGCCAUCACUACAACCGAAAGGUCACAAGCUUCCAGGCAACAAGUGGGUCGAGAUCAGCUCCGAAAAUUUAGUCUUCCUCCAGCGCGAAAACACAUUCCUCUGGACACACUUCAACAUGGCAGAGAAGAUGACACUAUACUAUCAUCCCCUGUACCGAUCUGUCAGGAAUAUCUGGCUCAUUAAAGAAAUGGGUGUUGAAGAGGACUUCAAGCUAAUCCACUACAAGCCAAACAUGGAUGAGGCGGCCAGCAUCGCCUACCGCAGGGACGUCCACCCUCACGGAACUAUCCCCGCCCUGGUCAUCCCCGGGGAGGGGACCAUGCUAGAGUCAGGGGCCAUCAACAUGUACCUGGCAGACAGAUACGGGAAACUCGUGCCGGACCCCAAGGACAGGAAGGACUAUUACGACUUCAUCAUGUACGCCAACUCAACCCUGGACGAACUAUUGGAGUUCUUUUGCGACAUGUGGUUGUUGAAGGUUGCGGAGACAGAGGAGAGACAGGCGAGGAUGAGAGACAAGCUGAACACCUGCCUGGACCAUCUCUCCAACAGACUGGAGGGGAGAGACUUCCUCUGUGGAGACAAAAUCACCGCUGCCGACUGUGUACUGGGGUACGACAUCUACGUCUGCUCCCUACUAAAAGACGGGGAACUUUUCCAAAACCAUCCAAAGAUCAGGGAAUAUUUAGACCGUCUCAAGUCAAGAUCUGCUCUCCAAGAAACUACCAAGGAUGACCAAAGCUAUCUCCAGUCAUUAUACAAAUGAACAAAGAGGUGUGUGCUAAGAAGUCCUUUAAAGAUAAUCAUCGAGUCAUACUAAAAGGCUGAUAGUCCUGAAGUAACACGUGACAAAGACACGUCACGAUGGAAUCUUCAGCAGCACUUGAUUAAACGUAACUCGCAAAUAAACUGUAGAGUAAA